GCGCCGGCCCGGGCAUGGCAGCGGCGCCCCGCGAGCCGCAGGGUUAGGGUGGGCCCCACAGUAAUGGCGGAGCUGGGCGAGGCCAAGCGGCCGGAGGCGGGCGAGGACUGGUGCGACAGCGGCCUGGGCUCGCUGAGCGAGGGGCAGCUCAGCCAGAUCCAGGAUGGCCUGCGGGCCCCCCCGCACCCCCCCGCGACCUCUGACCCCUGCCCCGGCGGGCGCCCUGUGACCUCUGACCCCGGCGGGCCCCGGACCCCCGACGCCUGCGGGUCGGGCUGCGAGCGCCUGGACUCCGCCCUGGGCGACUCGCUGGGCGAGGAGGAAGCCGGCUGGGGGCGGCCGUGGAGGGCGGAUGGGGGCGGUCACCCAGGGCGGAGGCGUCGCUCGGGAGCUGCGGCCGGGCUGGGAGGCGCCGCGGUGGCCCGGGCCUGGCUGCACCACGUCCUGGGCUUCGUGAGCGAGGACGGGGACACAGCCCUCCACCUGGCUGUGAUUCAUGAGCAUGAGGCCUUCCUGGAUUCUAUCCUGCAGUACACGGCCGGGACGGAAUACUUGGAUCUGCAGAACGACCUGGGCCAGACGGCACUGCACAUUGCAGUUAUCCUCGGCGCCUCCAACUUUGUCCGCAAGCUGAUGGCAGCCGGGGCGGGGCUCUGCAUGCAGGAGAAAGCUGGCCACACAGCGCUGCACCUGGCAUGCCGGGAGGGCUGGCGGGACUGUGCACAGUGGCUCCUGGCAUCGCUGAGCGGGCACAGGGCUGGCGAGGGGAAUGACGCCUGCGCUCAGUUGGACUGCACCAAUUAUGAUGGUUACACGCCGCUGCAUGUGGCUGUCCUGCGGAAGGACCUCGACGUGGUCAAGCUCCUUGUGGGUGCCGGAGCCGAUCUCAACAAGGCGGAGCUGAGCUGUGGGCGGAGUCCCCUCCACUUGGCGGUGGAGUCGCAGAGCCCGGAAGUCGUGGAGUGCCUGCUGCGCGCCGGAGCGGACCCGCGGGCCCGGAUGUAUGUUGGUUACACCCCCAUCUAUAGCGCCGUGCACCGGCCCAACCAAAAGAUCUUGCAACUGCUCCGGGAGUUCGGCUCGGAGGAGCCCGACUGGGAUUCGGAGGAAAGCCUGGCUGACAGCAGUGACGAGGAAUAUGACGACAUCGUUAUCAACAGUGGACACUAUAAGAACUGACGGGGCCGGGCCGGCAUCGCCUGCAGCGUGAGCCGUUACCCAUCUCCAUAAAAGACUCGCAUGCUGCUCUGCCGCUGUGGGAAUAAAUUUGGCAGUGGCUCAGUCUCUCCGUUCCCAGCUAGUUCCAACUAUUUAUCCAAAAGCUGCGGUCUCUGACAAAACUCAGUGUAAAGCUCCCGCUGCUUGGAACCGAUAGCCAAAGUUCACCAGAGCAUUGAUCUAAUCCGUUUAUUUCCCCCCUCACUUGUUCGUUUUCUUCUGUGUUUUAGUGUAGUCAGUUUAUAUUGAGUUAUUUUGAUUACGUUAAAAUAAAAUGGUAUUUCGGCACCUGCUGCUCGUUGCAGUCGCAGCUGGGCUGGAUCGUCAGCUGGA